CACGGUCAUGAGCACCAGCAGGGGCCAUCCCGCUCGCCCAUCAUGAGCACGCCCCGACAUCCGUACGCAUCGCGACACCCGCCGCCGCCGCCGCCGAGACACCAGGGGCAUCCGCAGGCGUAUCCUCCGCAGGCGCACUCGCGCUCUCACUCGCAAUCAAGCACACACUCGUACUCGCACUCGCAGCAGUCGCACGCGAGCUCCUCCCAGGCGCAGUCAUCCCAGGGCCUCUCGCACCCGCCCUCGCACCCGGAUUCGCGCUCGCCGUCGGCGCACUCGCAGUCCCAGUCGCCGUACAUGACAGGCGCGCCGCCGCCCGUCCCGCCCACGUUCGCGAGUAUCAUGAAUGCGUACCCCGCGCCGCCGAUCGUCGGCCGUGGGCAGGGGGGCCAUGGUCGGGGGCACGACCAGGAGCAUGACCAGGACCAGCGACAAGGACGCGCACGCGCACACGAGAGGCCGGGGACUGGGACGUCGGGCACCGGGUCACGGUCGGGAUCGGGGUCGGGGUCGGAGCGGAGCACGGUGAACGGGAACGGGAAGAGGGCGAGGAGCGAGAGCGGUAGCGUGGGUAUGAGCGAUGGGGAGGGUGAGCGGUGACACGGCUUGAUUGUACCGCCUCGUCGUGUCUUUGACCGCUUUUUUUCAACAUAUCUCCGCCUCUCCUUCCCCAUUCUUUUCCACUUUUCUGCGUCUUCCGUCCGUUCCGGUCCGUUCUGCUUGCGUCAUCGGUCGUCGUCGUCGUUCGUAUGUCGUCGUUAGAGCUGGGUGCGUUUGCUGCGGGGCUGGGCUGAGCUGCACGGCCCGUUGUAUACGAGUAUAGUAUGAGUGUAUCGCGGUUAAUUGGCAUCCGGCGUCGCGUCGUGUCGUUGGAUGUGGGUGUUGACGAACGCGCGAGGUGCCUCUGAAUUUUUCUGUUCGAGUGUUUUAUCUCCUCUCCUGCGCGCAGGCACGGGGACGGUGGGGCCAGCGUGGUUAUACGACGUCCCCUCGUUGGGCGACUUUGGGUAUCAC